AUGGUUGUCGAAUACGCCUCUGUGACCAUGGCCUCUUUUGCGCUUGUCUCAAUAGUCACGUUGGUGGUAAUUCUGUCUCAUUUCAGACGUAGAUUUCCUAAGGACAUUCAAGGUCCUCCGUCCCCGUCGUUUCUGUUUGGUCACGAGAAGGAUAUACACUACCAGAACGAGGUCGGCGACCUGGACUUCCAAUGGAUGCGCCAGUAUGGGACUGCUUGGCGUGUAGGCGGUUGCUUGGGGGAGGAUGUGCUUAUGUUGGCCGAUCCUAAGGGUCUCCAACACAUUCUGCAAGGCUCCGCUUACAACUACCCGAAAAGUGGUGAGGACAGGCAGUUCUUGAGGCUUAUAACUGGAGAUGGCCUCGCGUGGGUACAUGGCGAAACUCAUCGUCGGCAGAGGAAGAUCAUGAACCCUGCGUUCACGGCCCCACAACUGAGAGCUUUCCUUCCCCUCUUCCACAAGAGAGCUGCAAAGAUGAUACAGAGACUGAAAGACGAGGUCACGAACACUGCGGGGGGGGGGGGGGGGGGGGGGGGGGCACCAGUUAUCGACCUUCUCGGCUGGCUCACACGCAUGACUCUGGACGUGAUCGGAGAAGCUGGCUUCGGCUACGAAUUCGGGACCCUUGACGACAAGGAGGAUGACUUUUCUAAAAACUGGACAGGCGUCGUCGUCGAAUCGUCGUUGUAUCCGUCAUCUCUGGACCUCAUUGCCAAGUCGUUCUUCAGCUACAUUCCGGUGAAUAUCCUGUAUUAUACGCGAUACCUCCCCCUGCGCGAGUAUCGCAGGACCCGCGACUGGCUGGACUACACGAGGUCAAUGGCGCGCGACAUCAUCCGCAAGAGCGAGGCUCAAGGAGAUGGGAAGGACGUGAUGAGCGUGCUCAUACGAGCAAACGCGUCGGAGAACCCUAAGACUAGACUCUCGCGGCCUGAGGUUUUGGAUCAGAUAUCGACGCUUAUUUUGGCUGGCACCGACACAACUGCGCUCACAGCGUCUUGGGUGCUUUGGGAGCUCGCCAAAGACCCUGCUUUUCAAGACCAGGUCCGAGAGGAGAUCAAGGCGGCCCGGGCACAGGUAACCGCGCGCGGUGACGCAGAUUUCACGAUUGCAGAUCUCGAUAGCUUGACUCUGCUGCAGGCUGCGCUAAAGGAAGGAAUGCGUCUGCACCCUAUCGGAUGGCAUUUCAGUCGGUUGGCUGGCAAGGACGAUGUCAUCCCACUCCUCCAUCCUAUCACGACUAAGUCGGGAGAGCAGAUCUCUUCGAUUCCUGUGAGGAAAGGGACCAAGGUAAAGAUGUCCUUCUGUGCAUACAAUAGGCUGCCUAUCGUUUGGGGAGAGGACGCUGACCGGUGGAACCCGAUGCGCUGGGUGAACAUUGACACGUCGAAGCAAACUACUGUUGGCGUGUAUGCGAACCUACUAAACUUCUCCGCCGGCGUCCGCGGUUGCAUCGGGUGGAAAUUCUCCGUCAUCGAGCUGCAGUCAAUUCUGAUGAACCUCUUGGAAAGUUUCGAGCUCACCAUGCCGCCAGACUCGGACAAUAACCCCAUUCUGAGGAAGCCCGCCCAGGGCAUGGCCCCGAUCAUCGAAGGACACAGUGGACCCGCGUUGGGCUUGAAGAUCAAAAUACUGGCGUGAUUUACAGAUGGACAUUAACGAACUGUUGGGAGUUUACCGAUUGCAAUUGACUAUCAUGAAUUUUUCUUACCACUCUGUUUGUACUUCAUCUACCGUUUAUGCGCUUUCACGAGUCUAUGACCGCCAUCCAAUUCGACUGUUGUUGAGGU